AGGCAGAGAGAAGAGAGAGCUCUAACUCCCGAUCAGUGAGACACAGGCAGACAGACAGACAGGCAGGCAAGGCAGACAGACAGGCACACAGACUGACAGACAGACACACCGCCGGACCAUCAUGGACUGGAUCAGGACAGAGAACCCCGUCUCCGGAUGAGACAGGACGGCCUGGCUUCUGUUUUUUGGGGGGACUCUGCUAUAGAUAGCCUACGUGGAAUAACCAGCAGCCUAUUGGGAGAUUUAACCCCGUGCUACCCGUGAUGGAAUAUUUACACUCUUCUCAUUUUCUAAUUUUUCUCCUCUUCUCUUCCUCCUCCUUCUCUUCCUCCACCACCACCUCCACCUCCUCUUCUUCAUCCUCUCACAUUUUGACACGCUGCUGAAGAUGCGCACGAAUGCGUCUUUUGCGCACUUCCAUUGCGACCGUCACUGACAGCUCCCGUGCUUUAUAACCUUUUGAAACCUUAUCCUGUUUUCUUUUUAACACAACAAGGGAGAGGGGAGCAAGAAAGAGAGAGAGAGAGAACGAGCAAGGUGUGAAUUGAAUUGAACGCGGUGCUGGUCUCAUGUUUCUCGCCUAGGGCCCGGAUGUACCGAGGGAUGCACCGGUGCGUUUUCCCAACCGGUUCCGCCGAAAGCUCCCUCUUUUUUCUCGCCUUCACCUCCAUCAUGGGGAUUAGGUAAUAUUCACUCCAUGCGAAGAAACCCUCCCCAUAAAUAAAAAAAAACGGAAUACCCAAAACUGUCCGUGCCAGACAGUUCUUUCUUCUUUUUUCCCCCUUUUUUAAUUUCUUUAUUUUUGGGGGGGCUUUUUUUCCUCUUGUUAUUUUCCCUCCUCCUCUCCAGCUUUUUCCACUCUCUCUCUUCCAUUCACCUAUAGGGAUAACGCCGGACUACAUUUAUGGUAAAUGAAAGCAAAAACAUGUACAUCCCGGAGGACACCCUUGAGAACCAUCAAGGCUCCGACUAUUCUCCCCCUCCGCCCCUGCCUCGGCCUCCUCCCACCGGCCUGACAAACGAGCACAGUGGUGGUGGUAGCCAUGGUGACCAUGGUGGAGGAGGGGGCGGGGUCAACCACGGGGUCGGCGUGGUGGGCCUGGCUCCGGAGCACAUCCCCACACCGGGGGCGGCCCUGAGCUGGCAGGCGGCCAUCGACGCUGCGCGGCAGGCAAAGAUGAUGGGCAACGCCGCAGCAGGUGGAGGGGCAGGGCUUGGGUCGGGAGGGGGCGGGCCCAUCUCCACGGCCAGCUCCACACAAAGGAAAAGACAACACUAUAGCUCUAAGCCCAAGAAACAGACAACGACGACAGCCACAAGGCCGCCACGGGCCCUACUCUGUCUCACGCUCAAGAACCCCAUCCGCAGGGCCUGCAUCAGCAUCGUAGAGUGGAAACCAUUUGAGAUCAUCAUCCUGAUGACCAUUUUCGCCAACUGUGUGGCCUUAGCCGUCUACAUCCCCUUCCCCGAGGAUGACUCGAACGCCACCAACUCCAACCUGGAGCGUGUGGAGUAUCUGUUCCUCAUCAUUUUCACAGUGGAGGCGUUCCUGAAAGUAAUAGCCUAUGGCCUGCUCUUCCACCCCAACGCCUACCUGAGGAACGGCUGGAACCUGCUCGACUUCAUCAUCGUAGUCGUAGGGUUAUUCAGCGCGAUCUUGGAGCAGGCCACCAAGGGGGAUGGGGCCACUCCUAUUGGAGGGAAGGCAGCAGGCUUCGAUGUCAAGGCUCUGAGGGCAUUCAGAGUACUCAGACCCCUCAGACUGGUCUCUGGAGUACCAAGUUUACAGGUAGUGUUGAACUCCAUAAUCAAAGCCAUGGUUCCUCUGCUCCACAUCGCCCUGCUGGUCCUCUUCGUCAUCAUCAUCUAUGCCAUCAUCGGCCUGGAGCUCUUCAUGGGCAAGAUGCACAAGACCUGCGUUUACGAGCAUAUAGGCACCAAUGCAGAGGAAAAGCCGGCACCGUGCGCACCUGACGGAGCUUAUGGUCGACACUGUAAACAGAAUGGAACAGAGUGUAAAAUGGGAUGGGAGGGUCCCAAUGACGGCAUCACCAACUUUGACAACUUCGCAUUUGCCAUGUUAACGGUUUUCCAGUGUAUAACCAUGGAGGGCUGGACGGACGUGCUAUACUGGAUGCAGGAUGCUAUGGGCUAUGAGCUGCCAUGGGUCUAUUUUGUCUCUCUCGUCAUCUUCGGCUCCUUUUUCGUUCUCAAUCUCGUUCUGGGGGUGUUGAGCGGAGAGUUUUCCAAGGAGAGGGAGAAGGCCAAGGCACGUGGUGACUUCCAGAAACUCAGAGAAAAACAGCAACUAGAGGAGGACCUCAAGGGCUAUUUAGACUGGAUCACUCAGGCUGAGGACAUUGACCCAGAGAAUGAAGAGGAGGGCAUGGACGAUGACAAACCCAGAAACCGUAAGAGCCAUCGUUUUCAGUCUCUACGUGGAGCUGUGAAGAAAAAUGCGGCUUUCCUUCGUAAGGCGUUGAGCAUGCCAGCCAGUGAGAAUGAAUCAGUCAACACAGACAAUGCCCCCGGGGGAGAUGUGGAGGGGGAGACCUGCUGUACCCGGCUAGCAAAUAGGAUCUCCAAAUCCAAGUUCAGUCGCUACUCGCGAAGGUGGAACAGACUCUGCAGAAGGAAGUGCCGGGCGGCGGUCAAAUCGCAGGUUUUCUAUUGGUUGGUCAUCUUCCUGGUUUUCCUCAACACUCUGACCAUCGCCUCUGAACAUCACCAGCAGCCUCAGUGGUUAACUGAUGUACAAGACAUAGCUAAUAAGGUGUUGCUAGCACUCUUCACUGGUGAGAUGCUGUUGAAGAUGUAUAGUUUGGGCCUACAGGCGUACUUUGUUUCGCUCUUUAACCGCUUCGACAGCUUCGUAGUAUGUGGAGGAAUUCUGGAGACCAUUCUGGUGGAAACCAAGAUCAUGUCUCCUCUCGGCAUCUCUGUGUUACGCUGUGUACGCUUGCUACGAAUCUUCAAAAUAACCAGAUACUGGAACUCACUGUCCAACCUGGUGGCCUCCCUGCUAAACUCCGUUCGCUCCAUCGCUUCCCUGUUGCUCCUGCUCUUCCUCUUCAUCAUCAUCUUCUCCCUGCUCGGCAUGCAGCUCUUUGGUGGAAAAUUCAACUUCGACGAGACCCGACGCAGCACCUUCGACAACUUUCCCCAAUCUCUGCUGACUGUGUUUCAGAUCCUAACAGGAGAGGACUGGAACUCUGUGAUGUAUGAUGGCAUCAUGGCGUACGGUGGACCCUCUUUUCCUGGCAUGCUGGUCUGCAUCUACUUCAUCAUCCUCUUCAUCUGCGGAAACUAUAUCCUACUGAAUGUCUUCUUGGCCAUCGCUGUAGACAAUCUGGCCGAUGCUGAGAGCCUGACAUCUGCCCAGAAAGAAGAGGAAGAGGAGAAAGAGAGGAAAAAACUGGCCAGGCUUGCCAGUCCAGAGAAGCGUCAUGACAACGAGAAGCCGCCUCUGGAGGAGGAGAAGAAGGAGAAAAUAGAGCUGAAGUCCAUCACUUCUGAUGGAGAGACUAACACUGCUACUAAGAUCAACAUGGAUGACUACUGUGGAGAUGAGACUGAAGAGAAGAAUCCAUAUCCUGCAAAUGAUUACAUAGGAGACGAUGAUGAUGAUGAGCCAGAGAUGCCAGUGGGCCCGAGGCCGCGGCCACUCUCCGACAUUCAGCUGAAGGAGAAAGCCAUUCCCAUGCCUGAGGCCCGUGCUUUCUUCAUCUUCAGCCACACCAACAAAUUCAGGGUUCUUUGCCAUAAGAUCGUCAACCACAACAUCUUCACCAACCUCAUCCUUUUCUUCAUCCUGCUCAGCAGCAUCAGUCUUGCAGCAGAGGACCCAGUCAAGAAUGACUCCUUCAGAAACAAGAUUCUGGGCUAUGCAGAUCAUGUCUUCACUGGACUGUUCACCAUAGAGAUCAUUCUUAAGAUGACAGCCUAUGGAGCCUUCCUCCACAAAGGUUCAUUCUGUAGAAACUAUUUCAACAUCCUGGACCUGGUGGUGGUCAGUGUGUCCCUCAUCUCCUCUGGAAUACAGUCCACUGCAAUUAAUGUGGUGAAGAUCCUGAGAGUUCUGAGAGUACUCAGACCACUAAGAGCCAUCAACAGAGCUAAGGGACUAAAGCAUGUAGUGCAGUGCGUGUUUGUGGCAAUCAGGACCAUCGGCAACAUCGUCAUUGUCACCACGUUGCUCCAGUUCAUGUUCGCCUGUAUUGGAGUACAACUCUUUAAGGGCAAGUUCUUCUACUGUUCCGACACCUCUAAACAGACUGAGGCAGAGUGCAGGGGUUCCUACAUCAUGUAUAAAGACGGUGACGUGGGGAAGCCUGUCAGAGCCUCGAGACUGUGGGAGAACAGUGACUUUAACUUUGAUGAUGUCCUGCAAGGCAUGAUGGCUCUGUUCGCUGUGUCUACCUUUGAGGGGUGGCCAGGGUUACUGUACCGGGCCAUAGACUCUCAUGCUGAGGAUGUCGGGCCCAUCUACAACUACCGUGUGGUUAUCUCCAUCUUCUUCAUCAUCUACAUCAUCAUCAUUGCCUUCUUCAUGAUGAACAUCUUCGUCGGUUUCGUCAUUGUCACAUUCCAGGAGCAAGGAGAGCAAGAAUAUAAGAACUGUGAGCUGGACAAGAACCAGCGUCAGUGUGUGGAGUAUGCUUUGAAGGCCCGUCCAUUGCGCCGCUACAUCCCUAAGAACCCCUACCAGUACAAGGUGUGGUAUGUGGUCAACUCCACCUACUUUGAGUACCUGAUGUUCACACUCAUCCUUCUCAACACCAUCUGUCUGGCCAUGCAGCAUCAUGGACAGACCUCAAAUUUCAAUGAUGCCAUGAACAUCCUCAACAUGCUCUUCACUGGACUUUUCACUGUGGAGAUGAUCCUUAAACUGAUUGCCUUCAAACCAAGGGGGUACUUUAGUGAUCCCUGGAAUGUGUUUGAUUUCCUCAUCGUAAUUGGCAGCAUAAUAGACGUCAUUCUCAGUGAGAUCAACCCAGCUGACUCCUCCUCGUCCUCCUCCUCUUCGCCCUCCUCCUCCUCCUCUUCCUCCUCUCACCCCCCUGUGGUAAGGCCAAUGGGACUGCAGAACUCUGAAGAGAACGCCAGGAUCUCCAUCACCUUCUUCCGGCUGUUCCGCGUGAUGAGGCUGGUGAAGCUGCUGUCUCGCGGGGAAGGGAUUCGGACCCUGCUGUGGACCUUCAUCAAAUCCUUCCAAGCUCUGCCCUACGUAGCUCUGCUUAUAGUGAUGCUAUUCUUCAUAUACGCUGUCAUCGGCAUGCAGAUGUUUGGUAAGAUAGCGCUGCAGGAUAACACGCAGAUCAACAGGAACAACAAUUUCCAGACGUUCCCUCAGGCAGUGCUGCUGCUCUUCAGAUGUGCAACAGGCGAGGCGUGGCAGGAGAUCAUGCUGGCGUGCUCGCCCAAUCGGCCGUGUGAGAAGGGCUCAACCAACGAGAACAGCACGACCAAUGAAGAAUGUGGCAGCCAGUUUGCCAUCAUUUACUUUGUCAGCUUCUACAUGCUCUGUGCCUUCCUGAUCAUCAACCUGUUUGUGGCUGUCAUCAUGGACAACUUUGACUACCUGACGCGUGACUGGUCGAUCCUGGGGCCGCAUCAUCUGGACGAAUUCAAGAGGAUCUGGGCUGAAUAUGACCCAGAAGCUAAGGGGAGGAUAAAGCACCUUGAUGUGGUGACUCUGCUCCGGAGAAUCCAGCCUCCCCUCGGCUUUGGAAAGCUUUGUCCCCACAGGGUGGCCUGCAAGCGUCUGGUGUCAAUGAACAUGCCUCUGAACAGCGAUGGAACAGUGAUGUUCAACGCCACACUGUUUGCCCUGGUCAGAACCGCACUCAGGAUUAAGACAGAAGGUAACCUGGAACAGGCCAAUGAGGAGCUGAGAGCAAUAGUGAAGAAGAUCUGGAAGAGAACCAGCAUGAAGCUCUUGGAUCAAGUAGUGCCCCCUGCUGGUGAUGAUGAAGUAACAGUCGGGAAGUUCUACGCUACCUUCCUCAUCCAGGAAUAUUUCCGCAAGUUUAAGAAGAGGAAAGAACAAGGGCUGGUAGCCAAGGUGCCCCCCAAAACUGCCCUCUCUCUGCAGGCGGGCCUGCGGACGUUGCAUGAUAUUGGACCAGAGAUUCGGAGGGCCAUCUCUGGAGACCUGACAGUGGAGGAGGAGCUGGAUAAAGGCCUGAAGGAGCCCGUGUCGGCUGCAUCCGAGGACGAUAUCUUCAGGGUAAAGCGUACGGGUGGGUUAUUCGGCAACCAUGUCAACUACUACAACCAGAGUGAUGGCCGCGGGUCCUUCCCUCAGUCCUUCACUACCCAGCGCCCUUUGCAUAUCAGCCAGAAGGGCUCACCUUGCGAAGGCGAAAGCCCGUCCCACGAGAAGCUCAUGGACUCGACCACUUUCACCCCUUCCUCUUACUCCUCAUCAGGCUCCAACGCCAACAUAAACAAUGCCAACAACACUGGCAUGGCCGGGGUGGCAACCCAGGGCAUCAGCCGAUUCCCAAGCCCGUCUAUAAGCACUGUGGAUGGGCACACAGGACAGCCACUCACCCCCAUCCUGCUGCCAAGAUCUGCGUGGUGCUUUCCUCCAAAGAGGACGUGUUUUUAUGACAACCUCAUGCGCUCGGACUCAAGUGACAGCCGUCUGCCAAUCAUACGAAGAGGGGAGGGGUCAACGGAGGAGACUUACGAUGAGAGCUUUGGCGAGGACAGGGAGUACCAUGAGGAUGACCACUCGCUCUCCUCUGACAUGCUGGUGUAUCAUGAUGACACGUGUAAGCAGUUGACUCCCAUGGAGGAAGGAGAGGAGGUAGAGGACAGAAGAGGAGGAGGAUGGCAGUCUCCCAGGAGAGUCUUCCUCUGCCCCACUUCUCUGGGGCGGAGAUCGUCCUUCCAUCUGGAGUGUCUCAGGAGACAGUCAAGACCAGAUGUGUCCCAGAAGACGGCUGUACCCUUGCACCUUGUACAUCAUCAGGCGCUGGCAGUGGCAGGGUUGAGUCCUCUGCUAAGAAGGAGUCACUCACCUACCCUCUUCAGUCGGCUGUGCUCUACACCUCCAGCCAGUCCCACAGCUCAUGGCAGUGAUGCCUCCUACCAGCGAGUGCCCUCUCUGAGGUUAGAGGGCUCCAACUCCCAUGAAAAGCUCAAUACCAGCCUGCCCUCUGUCAACUGUGGGCCCUGGUACAGUGACAGUAAUGGGAACAGCCGGGGGCCUAGUCCUAGUCCCACCCCCAGCGUGUCAGUGUCCAAUCAAAGAGCACCACGGCCAGUGUCGCUCACAGUACCCUCGCUACUGGGAAAAGACUCCAGCACGCUGUGUCACGGCAGUGCAGGCAGUCUGGUGGAGGCGGUGCUAAUAUCAGAGGGUUUGGGUCAUUUCGCUCAGGACCCAUCAUUCAUCGAGGCGACCAAAGCCGAGUUAGCUGACGCCUGUGACAUGACCAUCGAGGAGAUGGAACACGCCGCCAACAACAUUCUCAACGGCAACACCACCACAAACGCUACAUCCAGCACCUCCUCCACCUCCCAGCACAGCCCCAACGGCAACCUCCUCCCCUUCCACACAGCAGCAGCAGCAACGCACAGGGACCGAGUGGUCAGCUUGAGUCCCAGCGAGGGCGGGGGAGAGGCCGGAGGAAGCAGAGGCUCCAUCCACGGGCCAUCCUCUGUGGAGGAGCGGCAGGAGCUGCUAGCAGGGGGCAGAGGACGAGAAGAGGAGGAGGAAGAGGCGGAAGAAAGGGAGGAGGGGCACCACAGAAGCUCAGUUGUGAUUGGAGCAGCGCGGCAGAGGAACAGCGGGCUGUUGGAGGACGAGGAUAUGGAGUGUGUGACGAGUUUGUAGGAGUCUGCUCAACGGGUUUGAUCGGCCAACUGGCCCCUCUGACAUCAUCAGAGACUGACGCUUGUCAGUGCUGGGUAACAGCGCCGCGGCUGGCUCUGUCUGUCCCCACCCCUCACACACACAUACAUACACAUACAUACACACACACACACACACACACACACACACACACACUGUCUGCCUCUCUGCCAGACGUACCCGCUCUGGACAAUGGCGGCCAGUGACACAAUCUUAAACACCUGGUUACAACUUUGUUGGUUUAAAUGAGUUUGUAUGUGCGUGAAUGUUUGUAGUAAAGUGUACCACACUAUACUCUAUACUAUCUGAGUGUAUGCUUGUGUGUGUGUGUGUGUGUGUGUGUGUGUGUGUGUGUGUGUGUGUGUGUGUGUGUGUGUGUGUGUGUUUGGUCUAUAAUUUUCUCUAUUUGUACGUGUACGUGUGUUCUCCACACGUGUCUGAGUGUGUCUCUAAAGUGCCUCACAGUUUUAUCAUGUCCUCAAAGUGUGAAGAGCAGAAAAGUAGAGACAAGCAAAAAUUAGAUGAAAGAAAGUAUGGAUGAAGGAAAGGUAGAAAGGAAACAACAGAGGCAGGAAGUCCUUUUAUAGACUUCCUGCAGUCAACAUAGUGUGUUUAUUGUUUUCAUUUCCUUUGCCUACUUUGGUGUUGUGUUAUUGUUGUUUGUCUGGCCGCCAUGAAGCCAGGUAGGGGACAGCAGACCAGCUUGUGGGGGGGUCAGUUAAGGAUUAAAAUCUGACCGCACCCACUUGAGGUCAAAGGUCAACUCCUCCUUCUUGGUUCACUGAUGAUGAAGCGCUGUAUUGAGUAAAACGGGGGGCGAGGAAAACCCUGUUUGAAAUCUCAUUUCUUCUCCUCUUCCAAAGCUAAGGAACCUUGGAGCACAGCCCUGCCAGCCUGGGGGUGGGAUUAAGGUGACACACCACCCCCAGCCAAGGGGGGGAAGGAUUUGAGGAAUGGACCAACAGCCACAAGAGGGCUGCUCUAGGGGGCCACGGGCAGAGAGAGACACUCUCUGGCCAACAGGAAGCCAGCCAGCUCUUUUUUCCACUGGUCAAUAAUGGAGAGACAAACUCACCUCGUAUGUCACCUAGAUCUGGCUUUGCCUCCUACGCCGCUUUUCCUUGUUUGGCCACGCCCACUUCCUGCCCCAAACAGGAAAUGGGAGGAGCAUUUGGUGGCUAAGCAGAGACAGCGAGCCCCCCUGCCUCAUACCUCGUUGUUCCUCAGUCCUCCCUCUCUCCUUCCACCCUCCUCUUUGGUUGUUCAACCAUCCUUCUCCCUCCAUCGCUGGGGUUUUGCUUUUUCAGCCCUUGGGAAGGCGUGUGUGUGUCGAACAGGGCAACAGAGACGGCAGGGUGGAGCAGAGAACGGGAGUGACUGAUUGAAAAGAAAACAGACUCGGGACGUUGAUCCACACAGGAUCUGUCCGUCAAUCAACCUCACUUCCUUCUCCAAGACCCUCCUCUUCCUCUCAGCGUGGAAUCCUAUAGGAUUUGCUGCCACACACUUUCUCUACAGACCACGCCCACUAUGUAUUUAACAGUUCAAUAUUGUGCAAAACUGGCUAGCCAUGACUAUUUUGUUUUAUAUUCAUGAUGUUAUUGGUUUAAUUUAUCCUUGAUUUGUUUGCACAAUCAGGGUGCUGGUCUUAUAAAUGUAUUUUUGCUCGGUUUAUUUUAGGAGAAUUUUAAGAGGUUUUAAGUAUCGAAGCAGGGCGUAGAGUUUGCGUGCAAGUGUAUAACUAUAUUUGUGCGUGCGGGUGUGUGUCUGCAUUUUAGUACAGGAUGUGUGUGUGUAUGAGUGUGAGAUAGCGUGUGUAUCUAAAUGGGGGGUCUUUCUCUCUAUCAGUAUGCACCUUUUACAGAUUGUAUCUAUUUAUUUAUUUAUUUUUCCCAGAAGAGAAAAAAAUGUGUGUGAGGAUAUGCGUCUGUGUGUGUGUGUGUGUGUCUGUGUGUGUGAGUGAGGAUAUGCGUUUGUGUGUGUGUGUGCGCCUGUGUUUGACUGGUUACUUAUGUAUUCUAAAAAGCUGAUUUUAAGCCUAGACAGUAAAUUAAGGUAGCAUUACAAGUAUGGUGUGUGUGUGCGUGUGUGUGUGUUUGAGUGAGUGAGUGAUAAUGGGCCUCCUUAACACAGGGUUACCAUGGACAGGCAUGCUUCCAAAGCUUUGUGAUUUCUUUUGAGCACGGUUCUUACUUUUUAGCCAAGCUGCAGAGUCAGAAGCCGCUCUAUCUUUGAAAAUUGCAUAACUGUUCUUUAUAUUUCUGUUCUGAGAUGGUGAAGCAUAAGGUCUCCAGCGAGGUCAGAGUGACAGUUAAGUUUACAGUGGUGAUGAGUUUUUGGCAUUGCAGCUUGGCCAGAAGGUAAGAAGCAUUUUGGCAAUUUGCUGCUUUUCUUCAUCAUGGAUGAUUGCUCUGAAUGGUAGAAGCACCAAAUUUGUACUGCCACAGUGACGCCCCGUGAAUGACCUGGGGGGCGAUGCCCUGAUAGCUCAGCUGUAACACACCGUAAUCACAUGAUUUCAUCAUUUAAUCAUAGUAAAAACUCCAAAUGAAUUAAUAGGGCUGUUGUACAGAUGCUGCAAGAGUUCUAAAUCACAUCUCAUGUCUGAGGUGUGCUCAUACCACAAAACAUUUUGACUUAUUAGCAUUGUUAGAGAUAAAGUCAUUUUCUGUCUGUAAUGUAAUUUACUGGUAAAACUAAUUACUGGAAAAUUAUAAAGCAAACAGGAGGUUUUUCUGAUAAUUGAUAAGAUAUCAUUUUUUGGUUAAUGUGAUUAAUUAGGGGAUAUAAAUCAGAAAACUGUCAGAGGGAAGUUGUUUUGUGAGAGAUCUCCUGGUGUGAUUUUUGUUGUUGCUUUUUUUUUUUCUAAUGCCUCCUCGGUAGCAUGCUGACAUUAUUUGAUUGACCUCUCUCUGUUAUAGUUUGUCCCUUGAUUAUAGUUUGGGUUCACUUGGGAUAAGGUAUGGCCACAGUAUGCCAUAGCCAAGACUGGUACUCAGGCCUCAGUGCAUUACACAAGUUACAGGUCUCACUUCUGUAUUGUAUCUUCUCCAAAAAACAAACCCAUUCCAGACAUCAGUAUCUCAUCAUUGUUACCAACUGUCACAUUUAUUAUCAUUAUGCCAGUGACUUUAUAGUAUUUCAAACUGAAAUAAAUUCAACACAAAAUAUAUAAGAAUUAUGCUAGCCACUGAAAACUUGGCUGGAAAACAUUGUUAUUGUUAUUGUUACCACCACAAUCCUGAUGCAAAGUCAAGAUGACAUGAAGAGAGUACUGAAAGUCUGUAUCUUACCAGACCAGUGCAGACUCACAUGCAGAUAUAUCACAAUGAAUCUAGUUACAACCACAGAAAGAAGAAAGUCAAACUUAUUUUAGGGUUAGAGCCUUAAAAACAACACUUAUUAGUAAAAAAAAAAACAUGUAUGUUGUCAUAGCCUUGGACGAUUCAAUGAACAGUUUUAAAAGACAAAUUCAAUGAAUUAUCUCCACCCAUAGAAAGUAUCACAUGUCAACUCAUGGCUCUUGGUUUUCACCUUACUUCACCAUUAAGGUCUCACUGCUGAUUUCUCAUUCCUACAUACUAUAAUCAGAGCAGGUUUGUGGCAGGGAAGGGUAUGCAUGAACACACUGCCAUACACUGCAUCCUGUGCCAGUAACAGACUUCUGACAUUAUUAUGCAAAUUAAAUGUGAAUGUUGAAUGUGUUUUUAGUGGCAGUGCUAUUGUUGUUUUGUGGUUAUGAUCAUACUGCAAACCCUGAAGAAGUCUGUGUUGUCAAAGGAAUACCCUCCCUGACAUUUAGUCUGUUGUUUUUUUGUUUGUUUUUUUCCUACCCAGGCUUCAUAAAAAUACCUUAAGCAUUUCCUUCUUCCUUUCUUUUUUUCAGCUGUAGUAACAGUACCUCAUUAAAACAGGCGCUUAUGAUUUGGUACCAUAAGCUAACAGGCUACAUCAGUUUGAGCAUAAACUGAUUUUUUUUUUUUGGUCAGAUUUUAAAUCAAAAAGUUAGUAAGGCAGAUUUGAGUAUAGUCAAGGAUGUUAAUGUGUGUGCAAGACAGAAUCUAGCCUCAGUGUUUUAACUUUAAGCUCAGCACAAUCUCACUUUGUGCUUUGGUUUUUGUUGGAUCAGCCCAGGUUAAAUUUCGUUAACCCUGAAUUUUAAAAGACAGUAAGGGUUCUCCUCCAGGUUAUUUAUGCUGAUUUCUUUGAUAAACCUAAUGACUAUUAUGCCUAAAUCCUCAAUGAUAAAUGUAACCAGCAGGCACCUGAAUUUGUAAAGUAGUAGUUUUUGUAUCCAAGCUGCUACAGCGGACCCAGAAUAUGUGUCUGCUUCCUGUCAACCAUUUUAUCAUCCAGUGCAGCAGCGGUCAAGAAUGUCACUGUCAAAGCAGUGUUGAUAAGGAACCAUGUAAUGAAAGGCUAUAUAUACUUUAUUAAAUCAUGGAAUUAUUAAACAAAGAACCACUCUCAGACUUGGCCAAGAUAAAAAAAAUUAGGAUGGGAAGGUUUCCACAAGGUUCCAUAACAGAUAUGUUAUGUUUGUUCCUUAUCAUCAUAGUCUUAAGAUGAAUUAUCAGUAAUUACUAAACCAUUCAUAAUGUUCAGUAUCACAUAAAUAUGAAUAAUGCAUACCUGCACUCAGAAACUACAUUCAUUUCUAAUCUUUUACUUUUAUGUUCCCAAUAAAUGUUAAGUUAUAUUUUAUACAUACACAUAGAGUAACCCUGCGUAUCAGAAGUGCAAAACCAGACUUUGUUGUUUGUGUUUAAAGGCUCUUUGAUUUCAAACACUGAUGAGAGAGAUACAGAGGCCUGUGCUGCCCCCGUGUGGAGUGGAGCAACAUUGCAGUUUUUAUGUUCUGUAUAGGUCAGCAUGAACUAUGAGGUGUUGUGUUGCAGUUUAAUGGUAUGAGUGGGUGUAAUCCUGCAUCCCACAAGAUAUGCAAAAACAAUGCAAUAACUAUGACUGUAUACAAGGUUCCCGAAGUAAAUAUACUUGUGAAAGUGAAAAAAAAAAAUCAAUAUCAUGAAGGUGUAUUAUUUUCUGUUUGCUACAUUUUUAAGUAAACUCAGUGGUUUCCAUGUCAGAGAAACCUAACAUACUUGAAAUCAGGUGCGUUGCAGUGCGGUAUAGUAAAGAUGUAUUUAUCUUUCUUGUGCGAGGGUGUUGGAUCUGCAUCUGCAGUCAAAAAUGUGUAUUGAGACAGUGACCUGAAAUCAGUGCUUUGGCUCAUGGUUUAACAUCUAGCUAAUGGAGACCCAGAGUGAAAAGCUGAUUAUUUAGUUUAAUGAUUCAGCAGCAAAACCAACCAACUUCACUUCCCUGACUCAAUACUUUUUUGGCUGUAUCCCUUUCUCGUGUUUAUUUCCAGUUAUAGUGUUUAAAUGGAUUGCGCUCCUUGGGUGUAUCAUCACUAUUGCAUGAGGUUCACAUGUUGACAUUUGAACGUUCCAGGUUUUGAAGUUGUUUUGUUUUAAUCAGGUUAAGUAUCAUAUCACAUUAUGACAGAGUAGCUAUUUCUAUUUAGUGUACAUACAGUGUAUUAAAGUCAGUAUUUCUUCUCUAAAUUAACAUUUGACAGUGGACAGCAGUGGAGGGGUAUUUGGAAGGUGAUUUUGCAUAUCUUGUGUCUUAUGGGCGCUUAGUUUAUUUUCUGAUUCUUUAUCCUGAGAAGGACAGAGUUCAUGUUUAUGUGACUGUUGAAACAUGAGAGAAAUAGCAAACUAUAGUAUUUUAAUUACGCUGUUUAGACAGGUGUCGCUAAUUCUUUGCCUAUGCGUUGCCAUAGUCUCUUGUCUCACUUUGUCUCUAGCUUAUACCCUUUUGUCAUGUGAAAGACAGACCAGUGGAAUUUAUUUGUAUGAAAUGGACCAAAUUACCCACAAUUAGCAGUUUUUGACAAAAAUAUUGGUGGAUUGUUAUGUACACACACUUAAACAGGCACUACUGGGAAAGGCACAUACACACUUUAUUGCUUACUUGAUGUAUUCAAGCAUAAAGUGAUCAAUAAUACAUGAAAAUGGCAACAUCCACAGUCCACGGGUUUAAAUUGAAGCAGUGUCCCAAUUCCAUACUACAUGCUAAGUCUAAGCAGGUUAUCAUUUUGUGUGUUCACUCUAAAAAGUGACUAUUUCAAGUAUGAAUAACUCGGUUGACACCAAAGGUCCUCCAUGUACGCCUCAUGGUAAACUGACUUUGUUGAAUGUGUAACAGUGGCCCCUUAAAACUAAUUACAGAUAGAUGGUGGUGACACAGCUCCACAUGGAUGUCAGAGUACAACAAAUAAAAUAUUCUCUGUUAAUUGACAUUCAGUGGUGCAUUAAUGGCCUAAUUUCCCGUUAGCAUACAAUGGUUAAGUAUGCUCAUUUCUUGUACACCAACUAAAAAAACAUAUGCUAUAAAGAUUGGUAAUUAGUUAUACUGAAUACAGUUAGUAUGUAAUAUGGACUUGGAACACAGCAGGAGAGCCUUUCUUUGUCCAUCCUACCAUUUUAAACAGCUGAUGUUUUGACUAAUUAGCAGGAAAAGCACAGGUGUAACUAAUGACUUUAAUUAUGUCCAUUUUGGUGCGCCAGUAAACCAGCAUGCACCAAACCACAGCUAAGGAUGUGGAACCACUAAAUAGAAUGUAGCCGUUGUCAGUGCUAUUAGUUACACCUGUGCUUUAUAAGACACGGUGUCCACCAUGGGUCUGUUGUGUGGAUUUGUGUACCUGUGGUCUCCCUGGAGCUAGUAGCCACUUUAUCAGACUGCUAAUCACGCUGAUAAGCUGCAGCUGUGUGUGCUGCCUCGCUGGAGCUCCACCUGCAGCCGGUUCAGCUAAAACCACACUGCUCUGCCUCAGAGGGCGCAGUUCACAUUCAAAUCGCUUUCUCAAGUGACAGCAGAGAUUAGAGAAGAAAGGUUUGGUUUCUGGUUGACGGAUGACAAUCUUGUUGGCGCUUGAUGACAAUGGGAAGCAGUGGGUGUUUGAGCUGAGUAAGAAUGUUGGAUGGAGAGUAUUUUUAAAGACUGUAGAAGGUUUUACUUCAUCAUGUUUGGAUUUCAGGGUGGUCAAAGUUCUGACAUGGUGAAUUAUAUAUCCAAGUAGUGUUUUACAUGUGCAUGGGUUUCUCUCUAUAAGGGUUAUAAAGUAUUGGUCCUAUGUGAAUGGUAAUAUCUUUUGUCUCACCACUAGCCAAUGAUUGUAUAUUUUUAUAUACCAUAUAUAGUAAGAUAUAUACAAAUAUAUGAUAUUUAAUCACCAGAAUGUUAUAGAGUAAGGAAAAGGCAGGACACUUAUUUGGGAAUGUAAUUAGGUAAUAAUGGUUAUGAAAAUGGUUUAUAUAGGCUUACUGACCAGUAUGAAUUUACUGAACAAAGUUCCACUUUAUCAACUGUAUUUUUGACCAAAAGGAACCAGCAGGGAAUAAUGUAGUUAUAUUUAUGUAUGUUUUAGCUGAUGGCAUGUUCCUGAUGGGCUUUUAGGACGUUUCACAAAAGGCUUGAAUGAUUCCCAGACUAUGUGGCAGUCUACUUUACAUUUUUUCAUUUUUAACAAAGUCCAAUGGAAAUCUUUUACCAGUGCUAUGACUCCAGAAGUAUGAGGCUCUUUGUUCAGCUCAAGAAAAUCAAUGGUUUUCUCCAGAUAAAUUUGAAAGUUUGAUAUCUACUUUUAAAUUUUAAGCAGCAGAGGGAUCAGAAAUCUAACGUGUUUGCUCGUGUUUGUUUAAUGUUUCCUGAAAUGGGCUGAAAGAUGUAACCUACCAGCAACCUGUCAGUGCAGGUCAAAGUCUGGACAUUUUCCUACUGUAGCACUGAGAGACCUGUGUCUCUUUAACUAGUCCUACAUCAGCGAAAUACACACAUAUACACUGUACACUUUUUCAAAUACAUUAUUUAAGCUAUUAAAGACAUCUAACCAAAAAUUCAACCUAUGAAGGACUAGAUCUCUCUCUCUCUCCCUCUCUCUCUCUCUCUCUCCCUCUCUCUCUCCCCCCCCCUCUCUCCCUCUCUCCCUCUCUCUCUCUAUGCUUUGAGCCAUGAAAACCUUGUAGCUUCUUUUUGUUUUUCUUCCAAGAAAGGAUUUGGAGGAAUUGAACUGCAUCCGUAAAGAGAAAUGAAUUCAGAGCAGGAAGUAAAGAAGUAGCCAACUUAUUUGAUGUGGUCUUGACAGUGAGGAAUCACAACAGGAUAAAAAGUCAGAUUUUUUUGAUUAUGGAGCUGCUGUACAAUAUUUGAGCUGUUCAGUAUAAAAAAGACAAAGUAGAAAAGUAUUAAAAAGUAUUAGAGUUCCUAAGCUAUACACAGACACGUGUUACUUAUCCAUUUCAGAGAGAGUGAGGCUGGGGGAUAGGAGUCCUGUCUUGGUCACUCAGAUCUCCUCGUGUGGAUCUACCAUCGUCGCAACAGAUGUACAUUAUAUUUUCUUGUAAACUGAAGUGUUUGUUGAUCAUUGUUUGAUCCUGACAAAAAAUAUUUUAAGAGGACUAUUUUGAAUAUAGAUUUAUUUUUCUUUUAUUCUAGGUAAAAUCAGCAUAGCCUGUUGUCAUAGGAUUCUAAUUAAUCUAAUUAAAUCUAAUGAAAAUGAAUUCCCUUUGCAGGAGAAACAAGAGAGGAUCACCUCCUUGUUUUUCCGUUGUACAGAUGUUAUUUUGAUGUCGAUGCUGAUGAAAGCUUUGGAAAUUUGAACAGAACGUGAAAGAGGGGAUAUAUUAUUAAUUACAAGUUUAUAUUGCAACUAUCUUCUAUUUUAGAUAUUAUAUAUAGAAAAACUAUAUCUAAAUUAUAAGAUAUGAAAUGAUAGUUUGGAGCUGGAUUUUGCAGAGGAUCAAAAGAACUCUUGUUCUUUCAGUGAAAAUGCUCAGAUCAGGUUUGGAGGUGCCAUACUGUUUUAACUCCACACAUGUUGGCAUUUUCAGUAUUAGACCCAAAGGACGAAUGUUUUAUUGGUUUCACCAUCAGCUGAAUGUUUCCACUGCGUUUAGAAAUCGUUACUGGUAAGUUUCCUUUGUGUGAAGAUUUGUCCGAGUGUUGCCAAUGCAAAAGCAGGAUUUUAGUGAGUGACAGAAUACAGUACAUACAAUGGAAUUACAGUUAAAUAACUAACAGAUUAAAGUGACUGGUGCAUUUUAUUAAAUAACAUAGUGACACAUUACGGAUAGUUUUGGAAUAUUAGACUCUUGAUGGAUCAGUUUUGAUCAUAUCAGAGUAUCAAGUAUCAGGUUGGUUUUUGUUGACAUUAAGACGCGAUGCGUUCAAUUCACAGACUCCAAUAUCUUAUUAAAUGAAGGGUUAUUGUGUGGACUUUGGAGGCAAACACUUAAAACUAUGAUCAGUAUUGACUUCUUAGCCAACCCUUUGCAUAUUGUACUGCACUGGCUCAUGGUAACACUCAAAUGGCUUGAAUUUUUUUCUUAUAAGAUGUUCAUGCAUGCAGUUCUCAUAGACGCAUGUGAAGUCUUCACCGAUCAGUCUUAGGGAAGUUUGAUUUGUUCAAGAGAUUGGUGGUGAGGAACAAAAAUGUGAUUUAUUCCCUUCUUAUCCUGGGCCUGGUGAGCCCCUGGUGAACAAACCAGGUAGAUGAGAUUUGCUUGCCCACUAGAUUUAGAAAUAACAUAUAAGGGUAGCUAGAUAUAACUCACCCAUUGUGUAGCAGCAACUACAGCAGCACCCCUAUGUGAACAUUUAGUUUACAAUGUUAGUAUUGUAGGGGCCUUGAAAGCCUUGUGUUUCACUCAAUCCUUCUCUUGUUGUUAUUCAUACUCUUGUUUGAAUUAUAAAUCAUUAAGGAGGUCCCAGUUUGCACAUAGGACAAUACCACAGUUUCCACUUCUUGGUAGAAGGAUGCUGCACCCACAGCCUGCUGAUUGAGUUUUCUGUACCAGCUAGAGUUUCAAUCAGUGACUUUCUUCAGGAUAUGACCUCAGCUCACAGCUCUAGAGGCGUGGCAGCAGCUUUAUGAUGCAGACGUUCUCGUCCUCAGUCGAACCAUGAAUGUCUCUGCCUCCCUGCAUUUACUUCGCCUCUCUAAUUUUACUGAUAAGAGCUUCUUUACAUCGCACCAUGAAUGAUAAUUAUUUCAAGUGUCACCCCUUGAAUGUAGGAUGCAGUGAUGCUCUUACUGGUGUCUGAAAAAUCCACAUUCUGUAUUUGAAAAGUUAGGUUCAGGCUACUGGCUUUUCCUUUUCAGCAGCCCUUAAUGGAAGAAAAUGUUGGACAUUUUAGCCAGUUAUCUCAGUGUUUGACUAUCACAGACAUGACAGAUCUGGAUUUAGCUCUUUGCUGACACUUUUGAUCUUUACAAAACCUGAUUCCAGGUUGUUCCAUGUUGCUGAGAAAGCCACAUUAGACCACAAAGAGUUAAAAACAAAUGGGUCUUGUCUGCCUGUGUGUGCAAAUGCAGCUUUAACGAAUGAGUCGGCCCGUCUGAGAGCUUCGACAGUGUCAUGUACAUUAUCAGUGUUUUCUUCCGUGACUUCAGCAGCACGCAGGUGUUAACUAAAACUCUCUAUCCAGGCGGGUUGUUCCCGGCCUUGCGCCAGCCUGACGAUUUAAUGGCAGGGGAUCCACAGCUCCAUAUACAGUAGUGUUUAACGAAGGCUUUUCUGUUCUUUAUUUACUGGGUAAAUGCCAGGGCUGUGUGGCUCUGUUCUCGACUGGUCAGUAGUGUCUUAUGAUCUCGUUCGUAGACCUAGUUCACUACUCAUGCAAAGUGUUAAAGGGCCUUUGACAGGAUUGAGCUGUUGUUUGUUUGUUUUUGUUGUUUUCUGUCGGAGAGAAGUCUGUUAUUAAUCCUCAAGUUUAUUUUUUGGAAAGAGGUUGUUCACACAGAGACCAAUUUGUGGUAAUAUUAGUAGUGGCGCUACUGUUAAAUGUAGUAUUUAAUAACAGCACUAUUUAUGGUCAAAAAAAUGAACUAGAGUGUGUCAUUGUGCUUGCGGUAGCUUUGGAGGCAGGUGGCCAUUUUGUAACUGAGUUCUUUAACAUAAGCCACUCCCCCUCGACUCUGAGGGAUCCAUAUUGGUUCUGAGGUUGCUAAGUGACACUGGCCCAACAUCAUUUGGUUUCCUCGGUUACCAUUUGUCUCCUUAGUGACGACUGCAUGGUCUCACAGUUGACACACCCUUUUCUUCUUCUUCUUCUUCUUCUUCUGCUUCUCUUUCUUUUUUCUAAAGGAGAGUUCUUGAUUUUUUUUUUUUUGUUCAUUUCAUUUUAGAUUUUAGAAAGAAAGAAUACAAAUGAAAUAAAUCAGAAUAUUAAUUCAAUCACUUUUUCUACUCCUAUUUUCAAUAAAAAGUGAAAAGAAAAACCAAACAAAAAGUUGAUUUGUAAAUAAGUAAUGUACAGUUUGUAUCUGUAACUUGUCAGUCUGUCAUUGGUGACAGAGUCUGUCUUGCUUAUAACGCACGCUACCAGUAAAUAAAAAAGGAAAAAGUAUAUUUAGACUGUAUGGUCCCUUGAAAGCAAGUUUUAAAUUAAUAUCUGAUGUAUAUUCCUGUAACAUUGCAUUUUUAUCUGAGGAAUGAUGUUAUUAAAAAAUUGCAAAUAAAUUGCAUUUCCUACA